AUGUCUGAUAUACUGGAACUUGAUAUUGUGAGAAACGACAUUGGCCCUGUGCUUGAGGAAUACUUUACCGACAGAGAGCAGUUCGUCCUUUUCGCCCAGGAGCAGGACUAUGAUAUAGACACGUGCAUGGAGCUUUGUGACACGGUGCGCUGCCUCAACGAAGCGAUGGACGAAACAGACUCUAGCCACGGAGGACGUAACCCGUGA